AGGUGACGGCAGUGGGGCGGGACAAACAGCCGGAUCAAGGUAGUGCGGGCCGUGCCUGGGGACUAAGAGGCGCCCUGGAGCAGGCGGAGGAGGAGGUGGCUGUGCGGCCCGAGACGCCCGAGGACGAUGAGGACGAAGAGGAGGCGCUGCCACACUCCGAGGCGGUAGACGUGUUCCAGGAGGGUCUCGCCAUGGUCGUGCAGGACCCGCUGCUCGAUCUACCGAUCCAGGUUACUUUAGAAGAGGUCAAUUCACAAAUAGCACUAGAAUAUGGCCAAGCAAUGACAGUCCGAGUGUGCAAGAUGGAUGGAGAAAUAAUGCCUGUGGUUGUGGUACAGAAUGCUACGGUCCUGGACCUGAAGAAGGCCAUUCAGAGAUACGUGCAGCUCAGGCAGGAGCGGGAAGGAGGCAUUCAGCACAUCAGCUGGUCCUAUGUGUGGAGGACAUACUACCUGACCUCUGCAGGAGAGAAGCUCACUGAGGACAGGAAGAAGCUUCGAGAUUACGGUAUCCGGAAUCGGGAUGAGGUGUCCUUCAUCAAAAAGCUGAGGCAAAAAUGAACCUCCAGACAAGGACAACUGUGCUACUGGCCAGGCUCCCCCCACCCCCAGGAGGAAGCCUUCGACAACUGUUCCCUUUUUGCAGAAGAGUGUUGAGGUGGCCUGCACCUAGCUGGAACACCCUAAUCAUGUGGCAGAUGGGCCUGGCCCUCUGUACAGGAUUCAUCCAUUUGCUUCUUAGUUUGAAAAGUAAAAAAGCCACAGUACUCGGGGCAGGAGGGACUGGUGCUGCCCAGUCCCCGAGGGGAAGCAAGGGCAGAGAAUAGUGCAAGUGAGUGCUAAGGUGGAGGAGGCUUCACCUGAGCCCUGUGGCCACCCCCUGGCCAUAAGACCCUUUUACUGUGAUCUCUACAGCAAGGGGAAAUAAAGGCAGAGUGGCUGGC